AUGUCAAAUUUCAUUCGAGUAUCUAUUAAACAUGUUAGAGCAAUUUCCUUUAAGGCGGCAAGAUUUGAAAGAUAUCAUAAUAAAAUGGUUACCAAAGGAUUUAGAGCUGAAAUAUAUCGACCAUUCGAUGUUAGUAGUUUUAUCUUUGAUCAGAUUGGUCAAGGUUUUCGUACUGAUGUUUAUAUCAGUAAAGAGUUAAACAUGAAAUCCCUCCAAUUCACCACUAUAAAAAAGAACAUUAUGAUUGAGGACAAUUUUGACAUAUGUGCUUAUGGAAUCUAUAAAGAUAAGAAUGGAGAAUCAAAUCGUUUAUUUGUAAUGAAUGCUCAAGGUGAUAUUAAAUUCUUUUGGAAAAAAUCUACUCUUAAAGAUUUUGAUAGUGUAUCAAACUUUAUCAAAGCAAACUUCAUUCUUGGCUCCGACCGUACCACUUUGUACGCCGGUUACACUGACAACAUCAUCCGUGUCUUCUCCAUCUCCUCAUAA